AUGGGCCGGGUCAAACGAGAGGCGAGUGAGGAGCCCUACGAGGACGCGCCACGGCGUGUGCGAGGAAAAGCGCGGCAGGGCGGCGAUACAUCCACUCUUCUCCGCCAGCAUGGGAUCCUCGCUGCGCGCAUCCGAGCGACGCCAUGGCCCCAGUCAGGGCCUGCCUCGACCGACGCGCCAUGUGACGCGGACGACUCUACUGUUCUGCCGACGCUCAAGGCGUACGCAACACAGUCGCAGUUGCCACAUCGGACGCAGCUGAUUGAUGUCGCAUGGCGCCCUCCGCCUACCGCGUGGUCUGCCCCGACGGCGGCAGUGGCCGCCACCCCUUGUGAGCCCAGCGCCUCGGUGCCCAUAAUGUUCCAUGCGGCCAGUGCGUCCGUGCAGAUCGCGCUGCCGCCCUAUACCAGCAUGACUCUGCGUAUGUGCACCAACCUAACCGCAGCCGACUCGGCCAGUGCAACGCACCCGUGCCACAUGUUCGACGCAGGCGGCCACAUAUACGAUCUGGCGUGGGCCCCCCAGACCGAGGCGCAGGACGGUGAGUACCUCCUUGUGGCAUGCUCGCACCACCGCGAGCCGAGCGCGCGCGUUGCCGACCCCUCUUGCGCCGACGACGGACAGCUUCAGUGCUGGGAGUGGGACCCGGCGACGGCGCACGUGCAAUGCCUGGGCCGGUGGGUGUGUGACGCGGGUGCGCCGCUCCAAGUGGCGUGGCGACCCGCGCCACCCCCGCCUGGCACCCUCGGAAUUGCCGCUGUGGCAUGGAGCGACGGCACUGUGCACCUGCUGGAGGUGCCGUUGCGGAGCGAGGGCGUCCAGCGUCUCGUCGCGGAGCGUGUGUUGCGUGUCCCAGGCACGGCAUGCUACAGCCUUGCUUGGGGCGGCGAUGCGCGUCUCGCUGUCGGUUGCACGAAUGGAACCAUCGCUGUGUGGGACUUGGACGUCUCUGAGACGCCUGCGUGCGUGGCGCCCGUGCAUGAUACGACGGUCAGCGCCCUGAGCUGGCAGAUGCUGCCGCCCAUCUCUAUGGACGGCGAGCCACAGCCAGAUGCUCGGCCCCAUCUCCUCUUCUCAGUCGGCUGGGACGGCUGCGAGUAUAUCACCGACGUGGCCGACAUGGAGGCCCCGCUGCGGCAUACGCACUCGCGCGAGCCACGGUAUGCAGCGACCUGGCUCCCGUGGAGCGGCAGCUGGGCCGUAGAUCUUGGCGAUCACCAGUUUGGCACCGUAUCGCUGCGCACGCAUGACAUGGGCCGGCACCAUGCGCUGGGCUUCCACCAUGCGCGCGUCUUGUGCAUGGCUGCCUCGGCAUGCCACCCAUUCCUCGCGACAGGCUCGGCAGAGGGCAGUGUCAAGCUGACGAGUGUGUUGGCUAUGGCGAAGCGGAAAACCGCCGAAGAAGGUUCACGCUUCAUGCACAAGCUCUUCCGCCUCGCGCGCACGGACAGUGGAUUCGUGUGGCACCAGGGAUUUUACCCCGAGGGAGUGCUGCCCCGUGCGGCGACGCGCAAAAAUGGGCCGCCCGUGGUAAUAGACCGAUGGGACCCCCAAGUCGCCGUAACGAGCGUCGCAUGGAGCCCCAAUGCGGGGCGGGCGCUCCUUCUGGCCAGCGGUACGGCCUUGGGCUUUGUACAUAUUGCAUGGGCAGAAGGCUAG